UCACAAUAUUAUUUUUUGUUCAACAUUAAAUACAUGUGCGCGUCCAUUAACACCACGACUAUACAACCACUAUAGCAGCAGAAGCAGCAGCAACAGCCUAUACUAAUGACAGAAUUGAUCAAGCCGUCAGAGCCGAAAUUGUCACCGCCGUCCUACAACGAUGUGGUCAUAGAAAUAAGCCCAGAGCCCAGAAGCAACACACGGCAAGCUCCUAGCAAACAGCAAACCACAAUACCAAAUGAUACCGAAAAUCCCGUUGAGCUCCCCACAUUACAACCAUCGGCCAUUUUUCCGGAACCACAACACCAUCCAUUGGAUGCAACCGUCACCACCACUGCAACCGCCACCAACAGCAAUAACAUUAGUCCGCCAGUAAGCAAAUUCCUCGCAUCUUUGAUGUACAAAAAAUCAUCCCAAGGGUACUCCUCAUCCGACCCGCGACUGAACACAGACCCAGAGGCCCUUCUGCGCUUUAUAAACGAGUGUAAUGACCGACCUUUGAUUACCAUCGAGGUGGUGGGCUCACACACUGUGCGAAAGGAGUUCCAAAGGGUUUUUACUUUGGAAAACGGACAAACCCGGCGGGAAACUCGAACACAAGUGGAAACAGUCGAGGAUUUCAGAUUUUACCUGGAUCUCACCCCGUAUAUCCACGAAACCGGCACCCUGCGCAUAACCACAGGGAAUGAUGAUGAGCCCAUGUGGGAUACUCCGCAGCAGCUCCUGUCCGACUACACAAUAACCGGUAGCGCAUUGAAGAAACUCCGGGUGAAUAAAAAAGUUACUUGGGAUUUUGCGCAAAUGGACAAUGAGAUUGCGGCGUUGGUCCAUUGCAUUGGGUAUCCACACACAGUGUCAGUGUCGUUCCCCACGGAUAAUGACCGGAUUGUUGUGCGGUCGCAUAGUAGGUUGACGAAAGUUUGGCUGCAUCCGGUUACUAUUUUCUUUUGUGUCGUUAGCUGUGCAUGGGUUGUUGGUUUGCCUAUUAAGCGGCGUGCGGGCAAAAGGUGGAAGAACAGGCUUGAUAGCGAGUUUGGAGUUAUGGUUUCUCCCAUGGAAUAUAUCAGCCGUAAUUCGGCGCUCAUUUAUGAUAUGGUUCCCUGGGCUUACCGCCAAAUGCAAGUGUAUCCAGCGCCACAUGUUUAAAUAAAAAAUUUUGUCUGGGAACGAUUUAUACCCAAUGACAUAUUAUUAAACAAUUUUAUAUUUUUUUUAAAAAACA